UCUAAUUAAAAUUCUGACUAUAGUCAAUUAAAGAAAACGAGGGACAAACAAAAAAGAAAGCAAAAAGUACAUAGCUAAACCUUGUCCAAACCGUUGUCAUAGCAACGAAUGGCGCCAACAAUAAACUUCUGUGUAUUUUGCAGUGAAAUUAAAACUACCCCGUUAUGAAUGGAAACACAGAAUUAAACACAUAUACGGCAGAUGACUCGCUUGAAAAUGAUAUCCAGGAAUAUCAUGAGAUAAAACAAGAUACAACACUUGAUGACAUAGAAACUUCUUUUUCAUCAAAACCAUCUCCAAAACGGUUGAACGAUUAUGAUUUUUUCACCCAGCACGAUGUAAAAACUGAAAAGAAGAAGCAUCUGAAGAAGAAAAAAUCGAAGAAGAAAGAUAAGUCUUCUAAUCUAAUGGAUAUUAUAAGUUCUGAAAUAGCAGCUUCAGUGGCACCUGUAACUGAAAAUGUUGUUACCAUGGUCGAUGUUAGUAAAGAACGACAAAGUAGUUAUUUGCGAAGUUUAUCUAAUACGACAUUUCGAAAAUCUAGAACCUUUAUCUCUGAUGCUGAAAGUGGAUGGAAUUCCAAAUCAGAUCUGGUAAACUUGAGUCCUAUAUUUCCGAGAAUUCUGGAAAAUGCAGUGACUGAAGCUUGUCUGGUAGAAGGCGAAUAUGUAGAACCGUGCACAUUUAACGAUAUUGUACGCAAAAACAACGAUACCAAUAAUGAGACCUCCAUUAAAUUCUUAGACAUAUUGAUAAGAAAUAUUACAGCUAAACACCACCAUUCAUUUACAUUAGAAAAAUUACUUUGUUCGAAACUUUUAGACACAUAUAAUGAAUAUAGUAAAGUUCAAAAACUUUUGAAAGUUCUUUCAAAGGACAUUAAAGUGAAUAGGGAAACAAAGGAUAAUCUUAAAGCAGAUUUGAUGAAAGUCAGCCCUAGUAAGAAAGAGGAUGUUCGAUUCGAUAAAACUGUUAGAAAGUAUACCGACAAACUCAUACACCUUAAAGCAGUAUUUAAAGAAAAUAUAAAAUUAAAGAAACAAUUUAUGCACAAGGUAAUAUCGUUAUGGUCUGAUAUUGAAAUGGUAAGGGAGAAACGCGAGUGUAUCGAGACACCGUACUUAUUAGACUUCACGAAAAUAGAAUACAAUGAAAAUGAAUUCGAGAAACAAUGGAAUGAUACAUUUAACACAGAAUAUUUAGAUAUACUUGAUUUAAUUGAGUACGAAUAUGUUACUAAUUAUAUAGAAUAUAAAGAAGCGAAAAGUGAACACAAAAGAAAUCCUGAUAAUAAACCGAUAAAGCCUAAGUUAAUAAUUGAUGAAGAAAAAAUUAAAAGUGAGGCAGAAAUGUUUGUUGAUGAGGUAGUCAAUAAAGAAGAGAUAGAUAUUGAACUGAAAAAAGACGAAAGCAUACUAACAGAUUUUAAACAAAUAGGACAACGCUUCCUAAAACAUAACUAUAAUUUCCUGGUUUACGUAGAUGAUGUUUUUGUAUGCGAAUCUGAAAAUUAUUUAAGUGACGAUAUGUUUAGCGUACAGUUAAAUGAGAGUUUCUCGGUACAAAUUUUGCCAAAAAAUAUAAGUGUAAGAAUAGUUUUAAUAGAGAACGAUAAGAAAGUUGCAGAUUUGAAAAUAAACUUACAGGAUGUAAGAAAAACAAAUGCUCAUGCAGAUUUUGUAACUGAAAAUUUAUUUUUUCAAGAUAUUAUUGAACCAAACUUUAAAUAUGUAGGAAGUGGCGUAACUAUUAAAGAGAUAGCUCACGCUAACAAAGUUAGACUUAAGAGCAGCAAUCUAUUCAAAGGAAAGCUUUAUACAAAUUACGAAAUUGAUAUUAAAGUCGGGUGGAAUGAUAAGUUAGAACAAAAUCAAUCUGAAGCAAUAAAAUCUUCUACAGAAAUUGGUAGGCAAAUAAAAAGACUAAUAAAUGGUAUUGAUAAGCCAAGUUUUGAAGUGUUAUUAGAUGUUAUAAAUAAAGUAUACGAAAAGGAUGUAAGUGAUGAAAACAUGGUCGAGAUGUUGCAAAAACUAAGCAAAAUGGAAAUUACAAAUGACGAUAGCUUCCCCUUGGAUCAAAAUAAUCCAGACGUUGUGAGGUUGAAACUACUUCACCUGAGAAAUAUCGGAGGAUUUACAGAUAUAGAGAAGAAAUUAGUUCCUAUCCAUGCAAGCCAAAUAACCACAGAGCAGUUAAACUGUCUACAAAAGACAAACGACAACGAUUUUGAUAUGGACUAUUUGAACGAUAAAGAAAUGGAGAUGGAUCCUAUAGAGUUGCAGAGAUUUAUUGGAGCAAAGUAUGUUCAGAAGCUAAAUAAGAAUAUGUUGAGAAACUUAAACGAAUACCUUUUACAGAAGACACACAAAGACGUUGUUCGGGAGUACAAAUUCAGUUUCAGAAGUCUUUUUUCCUAUCAAUCGGAUGUUGGAGCACUGGCAACAGCAUCAAACUCUACGAAGCAGCAGAUCCUGAAAGAGUCACUAAGCAAAGAUCAGGAGAUCCAUGUGACUGUGUUGAGGGCAUUCAAUCUACUCGACCGGACUUGCACUAUGCUUGACGAGGCAUCUGAGGAUGAAGAUAAGAUUGCAGGUUUUAAGAUGAGACCACUAAGGCCGUUCGUUCGAGUGAACUAUAGAGGAGCAUCAGCUCAGACUGUCACUGCCAUCGGCUGCCACCCGUCCUGGAGUCAUACCCUCAAGAUUAACACUAAACUAGACCCACUCUCCUCCCUCCACGUAAACAUCUACGACGAGUACAAAGCGAACAUAGUAGAAGGGUUCCCAGAGGAGGACCACUCCAACAAGACCGUUCACUACCGGUACUACAACAAGUGGCUUGGCACUCUCGAGAUACCGAUGUAUGCCGUCUUGACUUUGGGCACUCUUCGGGGCACAUUCAAGAUCACGAGCCCGCCACUCUUGUUUGGUUACGAAACCCUCCAAACGAAGGAGUCAACAUCGCUAAUCCCAGAAAUAACACAACUCUUGAAGAAAGACACCGCAUACAUUACGUUAGAAAUAACAAGUAGCCUCUCACAUUUGGGAGGAUUGCACGCUUACAACCAGCCGCUGCCAAGCUCAAUAGAAGACGAUUAUUUGAUCAAACAUUUGAACAAUUUUGUAACAGAAUACACAAACGAAUUUCCGAUGCGGAAUAUUUCUUUGACUUUUAUAGAUAGCAUGGGUAGGAAUAAAUGCGUCACCCAGUUCCUGCAGCCGAUACCUUUACCCGAGAGGGACUUCAUCCCGAAGAAUCCAAGAGGAGACUCUGCUAUCUCGAAGUCUUCUGGAUUUUCCAAAAGUUCGUCCUCAAGUGGAAGACGAAAAGAGUUGGAUUUAGAUAGAGUAAGUCAAGAAGAGAGGGAGUCAGUGUACAGCGCUCGUGAGGGUGACAGUCUCGGGAGGAUGAUGAACGCGUGCAUGCGAUACGUGUCAUUGAUACCCAGCUACGAGGUCACGGAGUCUCAUGCGGUUACGCUGCUGGGGCUUGAACUGCUAAAAGUACUUCAUGGCUCGCCAUUGGAUCACACCAUCCUUUUAGCCAGCUACUUCAUAUACUUGGGCAUCAAGUGCUGGGUGGCCAUUGGCCUAGGCCUACCUCGAGGUCACAGUAGCUUCGUUCUCAUCAAGUAUGACUUGACUACAAGGAGGAUAGUCCUGGAAAACGACCAGCUGUUCAGGAGUAGAGGGUUCCUGAAUAAGUCUGAUGGGUAUACAUGGUAUGUAUGUGAUGCCAGUAGCGGGGAGCGGUACGAGCUGAGAGAUGUCGGCUGUCCUCUGAAGACUGUUGAUUAUGUGUUUGAUAACGAAAAUAUAUGGGUGAAUGUGCAAUCGUCCCAAGAUUGUGAGAAUAUGUCGUUUGAUUUCACCAAAUCGUCUGAUUGGCAAGCUGUUUUCGAUAAAAAUGUGUUCGUGAUGAAGCAGCCGGUAGUGACAGACAGUGCGCUGUACUCUACCCCACCUAAUGUGGAGGGACUGAGGAGUGCGCUGGAGACGAAGAUCAAGAGUAAAGUCCAGAAGUGGAGGUCUCAUAUGAAGACUAUUUGGAACAGGUACUGCAGCACGCUGUUACGUGACAUGCUGCUUCAGUGGGAGUACUGGGUGUUCAACCCCACAGGACCCAAGCCCAGUUUCAGCCAGAAACUCAAACAUUUAAUGGUUACAUUUAAGAUAUUCGGGUUUCCGCUAAACUUGGCGUAUGUUAACACAAAGUCUGUGAUAUCUGCCAUCAAGAGCACAGGAUUGCACCUGAGUGAUGACCCUAACGUGGAGUUCGCGCUCGGCGUGGAGGUGUGCGCCUACCCUAACAAUGUGAUCAGUGUCUGGGUGUUCCUAGCUAGCAUCACCAGAAUAUAACUACAUGUCGACGGACUCGUCUUUUAUAAGAGUAAUAUAUGCAUUGAAAUUCAGUUUGUGUCAAUUUGAUGACGUGUGUUGGCUUCUAACUAUUCCAAUAGGAUUAUGUACAAAAUACGUCAAUCGGUUUUUGUCGAACGUCUAAAAUCAGAGCGUGUUGCUCCGCAAGGUAAAUAUUUGGGUAACCAUCGUGCACCAAACAAAAACUUUACAGAAGAGCAAUAUAAAAUUUAUUUUAAAACUCAUUUCAUUCAGGACUAUAAAAACCAGAUUAAUUUUAAUUUUAAAUAAAAAUAGAGCUUGUA